UGCACCGUGGCUUUACUAAACGCGUAGCACGGUCACAUAAGCGCAUCAAAUCUCCCCUCGGCUCUAGAUACCGGCCAAUGAGAACCCACUAAAGAGUAAAAGGAAGGAGGGAGAGACUGAAAGGAGAGUUCACAUGGGACAUAUAGUGAGAUGAGACACAACAGAAGUUGACAGAGGACACAGAAGCGAGUCACAUUUUUUAAGCCACCUGAAAACGUGAUUGAUGUGGAAGUGUGUGUGUAUUAGUGGGUGUGUAUGUCUAGCCUGGUUUACGGUUCAGUUCAUUCUCGGAGAUGCUGAUGGAGCUGUGAAUUGUUGGGUUUUUGGAAAGCACUUGUUCUCUGCUCACAUCCGCUGAACCAAGCAACUCACUAGCACAGUUAUUCGGAGUUCAGAACGGAUCCAGGUAGCAUCCAAGAAUAAUCUCUCCUGCACACCUGAGACAGUUGGACAUAACUGUUCUGCAUCGCAUACAGCUGUACAUAACUGUGCUUACAGUAUACUACGGAGUUUUCUGUCGUUGACAGAUCAAUACGAUUGUCUUCAAUCGUGCGCUCGUUCCAUGGGUCAGGUAUUUUACGCACAGGUAGUUCUCGACUCUCACCUGUCUCCAGUUUAGUAUUGAUCCUGCAUAUUGACAUUCAGAAGCAUCUGUAUAUUGACAAGUCGAUCAUCAUUCAUCACAGCAAACAAGACACAUCAAGAAACAUGGACAGUCCCGGUGGUGGUGUUAUUCUGUAUGCGGGCUCCUCUGGCAGCUCCAGCCCUGGCAGCCCCAGCACCAGCCCUGGCAGCCCCAGCCCCAGCCCUGGCAGCCCGUCCAGUGGGUACCAGACCCAGUCCCCCCCCUCCCACUCCCAGCCCUCCUCCCCAGAGGAGGUCACCUUCACAGAGCUCGGUCCGCUGGGGUCCCUGAAGAGCCAGAGGGGAGGAAGAUGUACCCCUCCAUCCUCCAAACUGGUGUUCCAGUUCCCAGAAGUCUACAAUGUGGCUACAUCAACAUCCACCCAACAGCACACCUACCAACACCCCAUCGCUGGGAAAAGGCCAUGUGGAUUCACAGGAACUUUCACCAAGACUGGUGGGAUGGUGCUCCUGUGCAAAGUGUGUGGAGACAUUGCAUCUGGGUUCCACUACGGAGUGCACGCUUGUGAGGGUUGCAAGGGUUUCUUCCGUCGCAGCAUCCAGCAGAACAUCAACUACAAGAUGUGUGUGAAGAACGAGAACUGCCUCAUCAUGAGAAUGAACCGCAACCGCUGCCAACACUGUCGCUUCAAGAAAUGUCUCUUCGUCGGCAUGUCCAGAGAUGCUGUGCGUUUUGGCCGUAUCCCUAAGAGGGAGAAGCAGAGGCUUCUGGAUGAGAUGCAAAGCUACAUGAACAGCCUGAACGAGUCUAACACCAUCAUGGACGUAGACUCCUCCCCCAUCUCCGAAGCCCCUCCCAGCCCAGCAGAGGUUCCUUCUAAAGAGGCUAUUGGAGCCAUCUCACAGUCCUAUCAGGACAUCUUCGCCAGCAGCCAAGGCAGGGCAGCCAAGACGGGCAUCAACAUCAAUAACAACAAUAACAACCUCCCAACAUCCUGCCCCUUCAAGAGUAACGCAUCUCAGGAGACCUCCUAUGGCUCCUCCCACUCCGGCUCAGGCUCUACCCAGGGGUAUCAGUCCUGUCCUGCAGGCCCCGUCCCUUGCUGCUCAGUAACCAAUGACAACCACCAUACAUUCCCGUCUGUGGACAACAGCUGCUAUAGUUACCCUGCAACAUCCAAUCAGAAUCAUGGACAGUCCAAUAUUGGCAUGCCUCAAAGGGGCAGCCCGACAAAUCAUAACUGUUUCUCCAUGAAGGAAGAGACCCAAGAGACCCAAACUCAGACUUCCUGUCCAUGGAAGUUAGCAGUGGGCACCAAAGUGUUGGCUUGUCCUCUCAAUGCGUGUCCUGUCUCUGAGGCCAGUCGUUCCGGCCAGCAGGUAUGGGAGUCUUUCUCCCAGUGUUUCACCCCAGCAGUGAGGGAAGUGGUGGAGUUCGCUAAGGGCAUCCCUGGCUUCCAGGAUCUCAGCCAGCACGACCAGGUCAUGCUGCUCAAAUCAGGCACCUUCCAGGUGUUGAUGGUGAGGUUCUGCACCCUGUUCAACCCUGAGGAGCGGACGGUGACCUUCCUGAACGGCCAGACAUACCCUCUGUCCACCCUGCGGGUGCUGGGAAUGGGGGCGCUGCUCAACUCCAUGUUUGACUUCAGUGAGAAGCUGGGAACUCUGAGGCUGGAGCCUGAUGAGAUGGCUCUGUUCAUGGCCGUGGUGCUGGUCUCUGCAGACCGUUCAGGCAUCGCUGACAUGGGUGCAGUAGAACAGCUCCAGGAGGGGUUGAUCCACGCCAUGCGUUCUCUCAUCCACCGCCGUCGUCCUGAAGAGAGCGCUGCCAUCUUCCCCAAGCUGCUCCUGCGCCUGCCCGAUCUGCGCACCCUCAACAACCUGCACUCAGACAAGCUGAUGGCCUUCAACAUUGACCCUUGAACAGCCCUGACACAUACAAACACAUCCACUCACACACACACAGCCAAUCACAACUUGCCCACCACCACUCUCAGGGCAGGACUGUCCAGAGACUUCCCAUGAAGAGUACAACGAUGACAUGGGCAAAUCAAAAUAUAUAUAUUCAAGAAGCAUGUUUGAAAAAUGACAAUAAUGAACAGAUUUUGAUCUUCAUCCUGUUUUCAUGCACACUAAUGCACACACACACACACACACACAAAUAACCUCAAGAUCUCCACUUGGCGAAAGAUGGUCUGUUAGAAUGUACAUCAGUGUUUUAGGCUUACCAUUACCCUCCUGGACAGAUUCAUGUGUAUUGAUGUUUACCCAGAGACCAAAAGACAGUUCACUUGUUUAACUCAUUCCUAAUCUCCUGACCAUCGCCAAACCACAGUUGAGAGAGAAUCAGAGAGGGAGAUGUUUGUGGACGAUGAUAAGUCAGGGACAUUAUUGGUGACUGAAUGUUUGUAUAAGAGAAAGGGAUCCUGUAUAUAAUAAUAAUAAUAAUAAUAAUAAUAAUAAUAAUAAUAAUAAUGACGACGACAACGAUGAUAAUGAUGAUAAUAAUAAUGCAUAGAUAAACUUUACACUUAAGAUCAUAUGACUCCCAUUUCACUUACAAACACGUCUGUGGUUUAAAUAUGCAAUUAAGUCACAAAUAUAUUCAACAGACGUGUAUUUCAUAUAGAAAUGAUAUUUUCUGUGGAUUGUUACAUCUGCAUCAAGAAUCACAUCAGAGACAGCACUGUCUCCAAGCAUGUUGGGUUUUGUACUCCAUUUUGUUGGGAUUAUUUUGUUGUUGUAAAUAAUAUAUUGUCUUAUUCAAAUAAUAACAAUAUAUGGUGGAUCUGCUGGGCAAAAUCACAGUAUAUGAGACAAGUCUAUGGAUCAGAGCCUAUAGGAAUGUAAUGGACUCUCUGUAAAGGGUGGGGGUUGGCAAUUAAGAAGUGGGCUGUGCACUGGAGAAAGUAAUGUUGGAGAGGGCUCUGUAUUGUAUUGGGGAGAGGGCUGUGCCAGUAACAUUUACAUUUGAGUCAUUUAGCAGACGCUCUUAUCCAGAGCGACUUACAGUAGUGAGUGCAUACAUUUUCAUACUUUUUUUUCAUAACUCAUAAGGGUGUCAGGUCAGAUCAGAUAUUGAAUCAAACCAGCAGAAUCCCUGAAUUCACCAGCGCUCCUCACUCCACAAAUCCACAAUAUGCACCUACCCACCCAUCCCCAAAGUUUGUCAUACAAACUGAAAAAGACACUUUCAGGGUGAAUAAGGAUCUUAUCUGAUUGCUACAGAUCUGAUCCACUCCCUGCUAGUUGAGAUUAUGGUUAACUGAGCACAUCUUCUUGUACAUUUUGUAAAUUUUGUUUCUUCUUGUUCUUCCAUAGAAAUUAUAUAAAGAUUAAAUGAUGUACUUACUGAA